UUGAUUUUGUUAACGUCCAGUUGUUUACUAGCACAGUAAACUGACGGAUGGGAUUCUGCCAUCCGUUUUCGUGUUUACAGUACUAUCACAGCUUUGUGGCUUCUUUAUACUAAUAUUUAUUUUUCCUGCUAAUCAUGGAUCGCCUUGUUGUCGUAUUGUUUUGCGGUUUAUUGGCUGGCACACGCGCCCAUGCGGAGCUGAAGCAGGCACGAAUCGCUCCAGUUCCGGAUUAUACGGUCAAUUUUGCUGCCAACGGUAUUCCCGAUCAGCAGAUGAUGCUAUCGGCUCUGCAAAUUUCAUAUAAAGAUGCGUAUGAAGAGUUAAAUGGUGGUCCACCCAUUAACGCAUCUAGCAUGCUUCCGGCCUUCAGUAAACCAAAUGAAGAGAGCAUGAAAACGUCCCUGACCGGCCUCCGGAACAGUUUCGCGUUGGAAACUACACGAAACUGGCUUGCUAACGGGAAUACGCUAACAACGGACGAAAAGGGUCACUGCAUACCGCUGGCCGGGUUCUGCAAACCCAGUAAAGUUUGCCCCGCUAUCGAAGCACACCCCAAUGCGAAAUGCAGCAAAACUAAAGCUUUCCGCAAUGAAGACGGAUCGUGCAAUGAUCUGGGCGUGCCGAAUCUGGGAAUGGCCGGCACGACACAGCAGCGAUUGGUCGCUAACAGAUAUGCAGACGGCUGCGACUUGGCCAGACGGUACAGUCUCCGAGAAACCAGCAAAUGCUCACCGCUGCCCAGUGCGCGGGCCGUUAGCAGCACACUGAGCCAGUCGGUGCGGACAGCCGACAAAACCAUCUCGCUGCUGCUGACAACAUUCGGACAGUUUCUUGACCAUGAUUUGACCCUAACACCGAUGUUUAUGCGAAAAAACUACGGCAAGCCGGCAUUGCCAUUAUGCUGUCCGUUCCAUACGUCUCGGGAGUGUCUGGCCAUUGCGGUUUCCGAUUAUGAUCCAUUUUAUUCGGAUUAUGGUGUGACAUGCCUGAAUUUUGCUCGAUCAGUCGGAACUACAACUGAUCCUGCAUGCGGUCUGGGCGUGCGUUUACAAAUAAAUCAAAAUUCCCACUGGCUGGACGGAUCCAAUAUCUAUGGUUCCGGUGGCAAGGAAUCGACCAUGUUGCGAAAGUUUGACAGUGGAGAGAUGCUGAUUAGCUAUCCGUACGAUGCUAGUCGCAAGCGGCGGUCUCUCAAGGAUACACCCGACACGUUUCUGCCCAUGCAGGACGACGACGCCUGCCAGGAAAACCCCCACACCACCAACGCCCCGUGCGAGGACGGCCAGUGCUGUGUUAUGGCAGGAGACCCGCGAGCCGGGGAACAACCAGCGCUUUCCGCGAUGCACACUCUGUGGAUACGUCAUCAUAACAGAAUCGCAGAUCUUAUUUCGGAGCAGUAUGCAGAUUUUGAUGAUGAAAAGGUGUUUCAGGCAGCGCGGCGAAUUGUCACCGCACAAUACCAGCAUAUUGUGUUUAAUGAAUUCCUUCCGCUAAUCCUGGGAAAACGUCGAAUGGCCUUAUACGAGCUGUCAGUAUUAAACGGAACUCAUUACCUUCCGGCAAAACAGUAUCAUCCCGGAUUUGGCAAGGUUAUCCUGGAAUAUUCAACUGCCGCGGGCCGAUUUGGACACUCACUGCUGCACGAUAAUAUCUACAAACAAAGCUCAUCGGGCGAUGUCAGCAGCGACCCAUUGUCCGACAACUUAAAUAACAUCGGUUUAGCCAUAUCCGACAGCGACGACGUUGGCGCUCUGCUGAAAGGUCACUGUACGCAUGCAGCUUUGAAAAUGGAUCAGCAGAUAACCGGCGAAGUGCAGAAUAAACUGUUCAAGAAGCCUAGUGCGCCAUACGGUGGAGAUCUAUUUGCGACGAAUAUCCAACGCGGGCGCGAUCAUGGCAUAGGAACGUACUACGAUCUCCGCUCAUACUGUUUGGGAGAUAUCAGCGUGGAUCCUUCAUGGGAUUCUCCGGUGUGGGAUGGCGUCUUUAACGGAGAUUCACUGAAAACUAUAAAGUCUCUGUACAUUUCUCCAAUGGAUGUGGACCUUUUUGCUGGAGGCAUUUCUGAGAAGCCUGAUCCAGAAUAUGGUGGACUGCUCGGACCAACAUUUUCCUGCAUCAUAGCGAAGCAGUUUCAGCAUACCAAAUUUGGUGACAGAUUCUGGUAUGAGUUUGAAAAUACCGUCAAUGGAAAAUCACAAUUUACGGGAGCUCAAUUAGCCCAGAUUCGUAAGACAUCUUUGGCUAGACUAAUGUGCGAUUUGACUGCCGUUGACACAAUUCAGAGGGAAGUCCUGAAACUGAGCAAAGAGUCAGUUGAAUGUGAUGAUCCAGAUUUUAUGAAAGAGACUGACGUAAAUUAUGCCUUACUCAUAAAGAACUUAACUGAAGAAUAACUAUACCUAAGCGGCACCAGAAUGCCGACAAAAAUCUUUGUUGCAACGGAAAAGCAAAAUCCGAAUCUGAACUGGUAGGAAAUUAUGUUGCACUAUUUGAAACACUUUAUGGUCCUUCGCUUGAUUAGAGAAAAAUUUAAAAAAACCAUCGUCUGUUGGGCUGAUCUGUAUAAGCAUCCGUUAAGCGUAAAUCGUCUUUCUGGGCC